UAAAAAUAAAAGUGAUCGCUGUGUAAUAACAGGGAUAUAGUUACGUAAACAAAACAAAAGCAGUCCUUUAUAAUUAGAAUGACUUGCUACAGCGUUUAUUCCAAAAUAAAUCCUCUUUUUCGUGUUUUUUUACAGAAAACGGCAACUUGCAGACAAACUUUUACAUAUUCGUCCAUUUUAUCAAGAAUUACUGCAAAAUCUGCAUUCUGUGGACAGCUCACAGCUCUUAAAAGAUGUUUUACAACUGUCAAUCUGAAUCUAUCACAUUUGGCUGAAGCUGAGACGACUAGAAAAAUAAUUGGUUAUUGGUUACUUUCUUGUAGUGGUAUGGUAUAUGGUGCAGUUGUGCUUGGUGGUGUAACAAGAUUGACUGAGUCUGGUCUUUCAAUGGUUAACUGGAAUUUAAUCAAAGGAAUGAAACCACCUCAAACACAGCAAGAAUGGAACGAUGAGUUUAAACGAUAUCAAGAUUUUCCUGAAUAUAAAUAUUUAAAUCAAGAUAUGAGUUUGGCAGAAUUCAAAAAGAUUUUUUACAUGGAGUAUGCUCAUAGAAUGUGGGGACGCGCUAUUGGUGCUGUAUUUUUUCUCCCUGCUUUAUUUUUUGCAUACAAAGGAUGGAUAAGCAAGUCUUUGAAACCAAGAUUAUUGAUAUAUGGCAGCCUUCUUGGCUUUCAGGGUUUACUUGGAUGGUACAUGGUUCAAAGUGGUUUGGAUGAAAAGAAAAUUAGUGAAACUCAAAUACCUCGUGUUAGUCAGUAUCGACUGGCGGCUCAUCUUGGGUCAGCUUUCACAUUAUAUGCCCUUAUGUUUUGGCAAGCACUGACUCAUCUUCUCCCAACACAAGAGCUUGCCAACACAAAAAAUUUACGUCGUCUUCGUAUUUAUACUCAUGGAACCUUGAGUAUUGUUUUUCUAACUGCACUUUCAGGAGCGUUUGUAGCUGGUUUGGAUGCUGGACUCGUCUAUAAUUCGUUUCCUAAAUUCUCUGGUCGUUGGAUUCCAGACGAUUUGUUAGCAAUGAGUCCAAUGAUGAAAAAUUUCUUUGAAAAUGCAACGACAGUUCAGUUUGACCAUAGGAUUAUGGGAAUGUUGACGUUAUCUGCAGUUGUUGGACUGUGGGCUAUGGCAAGACCUCUUCAUCUACAUCCUCGUGCUCGUCUUGCUGUGAAUACUACGCUAGCUAUGGCUGGUCUCCAGAUUUUGUUAGGUAUAUCAACGUUGUUGUAUUAUGUUCCUGUCCAUUUAGCUGCAUUGCAUCAGUCUGGAUCGUUGGCUUUGCUAACUUUUACUUUAUGGUUUGGACAUGAAAUAAAGAAAUGCAAAGUUGUACCAAAAAUUUGAAUGAAUUGGGAAAGUUAAUUAUAUGCAUUUAUACAUAACAUUAAGAUGUAAAACUACGUCAUUACAUAUGUUACUCUCUCCCAUAUGUUUUAUGUAAAAAGUAGAACUGGCAAAAGCCAAUUAACAACACAUUUUUUGCUAUCAUUACAACAAGGCCCUCUUUUUCUUGUUGUUUUGUAGAAUAACUCGCGUAAUUAGAAUCCUUUUCGAACGAUCAACCAAAUUGAAUGUAUAAUAAAAACUCCAAAUGAAUGUUUAGAAAUCAUAAA